AUGCGUCCUUUUUGGUGGGUUUAUGGCGGGACUUGCCGGCGGGUAUCUCUCAUUGGUAGAUGUGCCGUUCUUCAGCACAGAGAUGACCGCCGGUCGCGGCUUUAUCGCGCUCUCGAUAGUCAUCUUUGGGAAAUGGCAUCCGGUCAAGGCGUGUGGUGCGGCGCUACUGUUUGGGCUUGCCAACGCCCUGCCCGACCGGUUACAGGCUAUCGCGGAUCUCGGAUUUAUCCCCUACCAUUUUUCUUGAUGCUGCCGUAUGUUUUGACGCUUCUUGUGCUAGCUGGAUUUGUCGGACAAGCCAGACCACCCGCCGCGCUUGCCCUGCCUUAUCGUAGAGAGUAA